UAUAAUGCAAAAUAUGAAGCAUUUCUAGAGAUUUAGUCAAGAUCCCUUAACAGUUGUGCAUGUAGAAAGUCGAAAAAUUUAGUUGUAUAAAAAUGACAGUUCGUUUCGAUAAAUUUUCUUAUUAAUUUAGUUUUUGACUGUUAAUCUAAAAGUUUUUGAAGUCGAAUUACGAAGAAAUAAUUGUUUCGGUGUAAUAUGUACAUGGCCCUGAUAAUAAGAGUAUAAAAGGCGGCCAAAAUGCCGAGGCAUCAGUGCCCCACAUGGCUUCUUUACAAAUGGAGAGUAAUCACUUCUGUGGUGGCGCAAUUAUAUCUUCCAAAUGGAUAUUAAGUUCAGCUUACUGCACUCAAAAGUAUGAAUAUAACCCAUCGCUAGUCACAGUGGUAGUGGGUAUCUUGAAUACGCUUGAGAGAGGGCAGUCGUUAAAAGCAGACAAAAUAAUAGUUCAUGACGACUACUUCUAUGUAAACAAUGAUAUAAGUCUGGUUCGCGUUAAAGGGGAGAUGAAAUUUAACAAAUACGUCGCUGCGAUCAUGCUGCCACAGAGUGAGACUAAACCUGGAACAAAGACGGUCGUUAAUGGUUUUGGAAGCAAAGAGCGUUACGGUGAAGUUCUCAGACAACUGCAAACCCUCGAUAUGACCACAUUAUCCUUGGAGAAAUGUAAUAGCUUAUACUCGGAUAGAAGGAGACCAUUGCAGAAAGAGCAACUUUGUGCUGUUGGUGCGAAGAAAGAAGCCAGCGUUUGUCUUGGAGACAGCGGCGGGCCGCUUUACAAUGGAAAAAAUCUUAUAGGAAUCGUUUCAUCAACCAACAGCUGUGGCAGAAGAAAGCCUAGUAUUUUCACAAAUAUAUUUUACUACAAAAAAUGGAUUAAAGAUAAUAUGAAGUAGAUAGUAAAAUGUAAACUGUUUUUAUGCGCAAAUGAAAACCAAAUCCUAUUUAACUUUUACUCCGCAUCCACUU